GCCACCUCACCGGCCACUUCACUCCACAUCCAAAGCGGUCGAACCAACGGCAGCGGCGGCAGCGGCAGCCGGAACCAGGCACGGCCAUGGAUCUCGAAGGGAAGAUCUGCAAGCUAGCUGCCCGUGCAGCGGCCACCUCGCCGGCGCUGGUGAGGAAGGCUGUGGGGGCACUGGAGCGCAGCAGCGCCGCGCGCGCGGCCGCCGAAGUCCUGAUCUAUCAGUUCCUGUCCGCUGUCUUCAUCUUCUCCGGCUUCUUGAACCUCGUCGCGGUCGAGGCCUGCGGCGGGAAAAACUGCACCGUCGCCUCCAUCCUGUUCGAGCUCUCGUACCAUUCUGGUAUGAUCGCCCUGCUUCUCUUGGCGCCGGCGUGCGUGCUCUUCUUCCUGCGCGCCGCGGGCAGCACCAGCGACAGCGAGGUCGAGGACGAGGAUCGCUCUGAGAUCUUCCCGUGGCCCCUGAUCUGGCCGGUGCUAGGGUUCAUCACCGUGGCGGCGUCGGCGGCACCCAUCGCCUUCGUUCUUCAGAUGUGUGGAUUUCGAGAGGCUUCUUACCAAGUCUGCGUCGCGGCUGUGUUGUGCUCGGCCCUACUCUCCGCCCUCUUCUACAUCGGUGCUGCGGUAGCGCUGUGGAGGAUGAAUCCUCAAGAGCGCAGCAUCGCCGGCAUGCUCAGGAUGAGUCUCAGGCCCAGCAACAAGGUGGCGGAGUAGCGCAGCUUCACCUACGUACUCAGGUGCACGGGAAGAAUUUGCAGCAGCAAGAUGACGGAGAUCAGAGCUUACUACUAUACUACCAGUGCAGGAGUGAUUCUGUUUCCUAGCUACUACUAUCUUUGUUGCUCUUGUGAACAAUUAAGAGAUGGACAUGUCGAUCGUGUGAUGCGUAGUUAUCUAUCUAGUAGUAUAACUUAGUACUCAGUAAGCCUGAUUCGAUGCGAGGUCAGAGCUGUCACUAUGGCUGUUUGGUUAAUCUGAAGUCUGAACCGGACC